UUAGGGGACCGAAAUAAGGUAGGGACCGUUGGCCACAAGGUCCUCUAGCAUCCGUUAAUGAAAACAUUAUGUUUGUUUCUGCGAUAGUUUAGGCCGAGUGAUGAAUAAAGAGUUACAGAUGAGGGCUGCAAUUAACCAGAAAUUGAUUGAAAUGGGGGAGAGGGAGCGGUUAAAGGAGCUGCUCAGAGGCAAGCUGAUUGAGUGUGGCUGGAGAGAUCAAUUAAAAGCACAUUGUAAAGAAGUCAUCAAGGAAAAGGGGAUUGAGAAUGUCACUGUAGAAGACUUGGUGGCUGGAAUCACUCCUAAAGGGAGAGCGCUGGUGCCUGACAGUGUAAAGAAGGAGCUUCUUCAGAGAAUAAGGGCCUUCUUAGCCCAACAUUCUACAUGAUGCACAGGAUACUGGACUCCGUGCCAACUGAAAUGCCACAUUAGCUGUAAAAUUGAUAAUUUUUUCCCAUUCAUUUCUCUCUCUUUUGUUUUUUAAGUCUGUUUGUGUACUGCCUUGAGUAUUGGUGAAGAAAUAAAAGGCAAGUCUAGUGAAUGAUUUUGUUGUCAUGACAAUAAAGUUUAUUCAUGUUUGUAAA